CCCCACUUCAGCCAAUCCCAUAUCAGCAUGGCCCCUCCAUCACUCCUCAGUUUCCAAGGUAACUGGGCUGCCCUCCUGAAAGGCGCUACAUCAUCAGCAUCCGUCCAGCGAGGGCUGCUCGAGGCAGGCAGCCCUGCAGUAGAUCGUAUAGCAGGCACCUCCCUCACACACUGGAAGGAGAAAUGGAGUAGUGGAGUACUGUUAUGUUAAACCAAAAGCCCCAUUCUCAGGAUCACACUGUGUUUCGCCAUGAACGUCACUGUAUCGCCAAUGGCUAGCGAGGCUUCCUCGCCUAUGAUAACCUCUGUGACCCCAACCCUGGAACCUGGCCCUGAUAAACACGAUGAUUCUGAUCUAUGUGUGCCCACUGUUAGCGGGGAUGGGGAGACCCAGAAACAAGAUACCUACCGCAGGUACCAGAAGCCCCCUCCACUCCACACAGGGGCCGACUGGAAGGUGGUUCUUCACCUGCCGGAGAUCGAGACCUGGCUGAGGGCCACAACAGAAAGAGUGAGAGAACUUACACACUCUGUGCAGCAAGACAGCAUCAACAGACAUGUGGAUGUGCACCUGGUACAACUCAAGGACAUCUGUGAAGACAUAUCCGAUCAUGUUGAGCAGAUCCAUGCACUGCUGGAGACAGAGUUCUCCCUGAAGCUCCUGUCCUACUCGGUGAACAUCAUAGUGGACAUCCGGAGCGUUCAGCUCCUGUGGCACCAGCUGCGAGUGUCCGUGCUGGUUCUGAAGGAGAGGCUUCUCCAAGGCCUGCAGGACUCCAACGGCAACUACACCCGCCAGACCAACAUCCUGCAAGCCUUCAGCCAGGACCAUGACGAGGCUCGACUGGAGGCUUUGACAGAAGUGGACGACUCUGGUCAACUGACCAUUAAGUGCAGUCAGGACUACUUCUCUCUGGACUGUGGCAUUACUGCUUAUGAACUGAGUGACUACAGUCCGAUCGAGGACCCAGAGGGCCGAGGGCCACGUUCCCUAUAUCCUGAAUUGGAACAAGACUUUCCUGAACUGCUUCAGAGUGUGGAUCUCCUCAGCAUCGCAGCUUCAAGACAGAACCAGGCGUCAUCUCCACCUGCAGAAGUUCCAGUAACCUGCACCCAGGAACAGCAAGAGACAAUCAACAGCCCUGCAAAAGGGGACAGCACUCCAGCGUCAACAAUGCAAAGUGUGACGCCACAGGGAGACAGCAGCCUUGGCCUUUCCAAACGCCCUUUCCAGGGCAGCUUUAGGAGUGAAGUGUCUCCCACACAGCCAUUGCCAAAGAAGCCAGUGUAUUUGGAGGGAGAUGGGGAGACAAAGUGCAAUAGACCUUCACCUCUUCGGUACCAGGCUGACUUGAGCAGAAGCACACCCUCUCUGUUGGACCCACCCGAUCGCUCAAAGUUUUGGCUGGAGUUGGAGUCAGUUUAUCCGGGCAAUGGGAGUCAAUCUUACGAGAGUCUCAAUGGGAGGAACUUGCAAACAGGUCAACAGGCAGCUCUCAAGAGGCCCCUUGUGCAAAUUCAAAUACCCCUCGAGAGGCGUUCAUCUGAGGCGAAGCCAGGAUUCCACAUGCAGAACCACUUAAAGAAAAUGCACGUCAAAGCCGAGCAGGCUAACAGUGACUCUUCCAGCUCUCCAUCAUCCGGGGAGGAUAUCUCCGACCACGACCCACGAGAAAUGUCCUCCAGCCCGGAUGAUCAUGCUCCGAGAUCUCUGUGGAUCAUGAACCAAAAUGGCUUGUGCAUCUCAAACGCAUCAGGUAGCCCAAAAGAACACUGGUACGGCUCGGAUGAGUUUCUCGCCCUUCCUGCCCAGCUGAAGAAGACGGAGAUGUUGGCGUUUAAGCUGGAAAGCCUGGCUCAAGCUUUACCGCAAACAUGCCUGCAAGAGCCCAUUCAGGAUGUUGAUGAUUGGGAACUCACUGAGGUCAACCCUGAAUGGGAGAACAGCUCCGACCUCCUUCAUCACUCUUAUAAGAAGCCUUUCGCAGCAGGGAGGUUUUCACCUGCCUCCUCAAGUGAUGUUGCUCCAUCUGUAGAUGAGAGCAUUGAGUCUGGGCCCCUCAGUGACCUGCUGUCAGAAGACGAGGGGGCGAGGUGUACUCCUGAGUCCAGAAGAAACAUAAUAGCUGGAUGGCCCAGUGCACCAAAGAUGAUGUUUCAGUGUACACCCAUGAUACAGCAACUACUAGAGGACAUACAGCACCAGGAGAACUACCAGGAUGUUUGGGGAAAGAUAGAGGGUUUUGUUAGCAAGCUGGAUGAGUUUAUCUGUUGGCUGCGAGAUGCUUUAGAAACCACGGAGAACUGGACGCCACCCAGAGCAGAUAUCGACAGCCUCAAACUCUACCUGGAAACACACCUUAGUUUCAAGCUGAAUGUGGACAGUCACAGCGCUCUCAAAGACUGUCUCCUGGAGGAGGGACGACAGCUUCUGGAACUCAUCAUCUCCCACAAAUCAGGGUUGCGGGAUAUGCUCCAUAUGAUCGCUCACCAGUGGCUGGAACUUCAGAGGCAGAUUCGCCGUCAGCACAGCUGGAUGCUGCGCACGCUGAACGCUCUCAAAUCCCAAAUCCUGUACAGUGAGAGGGACGAGGAACAGAAAACACAGCAUCAUCAUGACAGCCCUGAGGUCGAGGUCCAGCAGAGCUAUCGAGAGGCCCAGAAAGAUGUUUUGGAUCAGAUGAGAGUUAAACUGAAGAGUCAAGAGUACUGCUCCAACAGCAGAAGUGUGGAUUUCACCCUUUUGUCCAAGUCUAACAGUCUAUCAGAGUUUGAGGCUGAGUAUCAGGAGCUCUGGGAUUGGCUGAUGGAUAUGGAAUCCAUAGUAACGGACAGCCACGAUCUGAUGAUGUCAGAAGAACAGCAGCAUCACCUGUAUAAGGGGAACAGUGUGGAGAUGUCCAUGUGGCUCCCAAAGAAGACACAACUUCUGGGUUUGUCUGAAUCUCUGAAGAGGAGCUGUGCUGAACUUCCAGCUAACUUUGACCAGCGACUGAACACCCUGAGGAGCAAAUGGGAUCAACUCGAGAAAACCCUUUCUGAGCACAUGGAACCCAGUGUGGGCAAUCAAAACCCCCAAGAUCUUCUGUCUCCAGACACCAAAAGGAUGGUGACCCAGCUGGAGCACAGGAUCAAGGAGUUAAAGAGCUGGCUAAGAGAAACUGAGCUCUUCAUCUUCAAUUUGAAUCUCAGACCAGACGCACAACGGUGUGAGAGCAGCGACCAAGAAAACGAUGACCCACAACAUGACCCACAGGCUACCAAACUAAUCCAGCACUUCAAGGCUCUCUGUAUGGAGGUGCGGGGCAGACGGAAGGGUGUUUCCUCUGUGCUGAAGCUCUGUCAGAGGCUGCUGGAGGGGCCUGAACAUCAGAGCUCAGACACAGAAAGACAAUCGCUGCAACUACUGCAGGUCAAUCUGGAGAGACGCUGGGAGGCCAUCAUCAUGCAGGUCCUACAGUGGCAGACCAGACUCAAAUGCUCGCUGGGCAGAGAACAGGUCCCAGGAAACCUCAUUGAGCCUUCACUCAUGGACCUACAUGGCCCGACAGAAGACUCCUGGGAGUGGGAUGAGAUGGACAUGGCCAUCAGCAAUCUUGAGUCACAGGACUGUGAAGAUAAGCAAAGCCCUGAAUCUGAAUUGCACCUUAAUUUCCCAAAGGAGCCUCUGAGACUCACUGAGUCACGCCCAAAUGGCACAGGUUGUGAAACAACCUUUGGCAACAUGGAAGCGAAUGCCACAUCUUCCCGUGUUUAUCAGGUGUACAGUUUGCAUAACAUUGAACUCUACCAACAACCCCAAUAUAAUCAUAAAUCAUCUUUAACCAAAGCCAAGUCCCAGCAGCCACUAUUGAAGAGCCUGAGCAUGGAUUCCUCGUUCUCUUCAGCUGAAUCGCUGCCUGAUAUCCUGGGAGAACUCUUGAAAGGGAAGCAGGCUCUGCUAUCAGAGUCGGCCAGGAGAUCGGAGAGCGAAAGUGGGAUAGUCAGCGAAGGAGACACGGAGACCUCGGGUAACUCAGAGACCUGUUUGCUUUCUCAAAGCGAAGAUCCAAAGGUCUGCGUUUCUCUAACUCCAUCCACACGAGAAGAUUUACUCAAUGGAGAUAGAGUCUCUGAUGACGAUAUAGACAGGGUUUUGGAACGUGCCAACAAGAGUGUAGAAUAUGGAGACUGUCACACCAUUGGGAGUAGUGACCAACGAUGGCAUAUGUUGAGAAAAAAGAGAGAGGAUGGUCAGGAAAGCAAGAAAAAAUGCCACAAGGAACCAGUGCAGAUCCUCAUCAAUGGCCAUGGCCUAAGCCUUGAGGUUAAUGACAAAAACCACCGCACAGAAGAUGACGAGAGGGUAACCACAAAAAAAAAUCUCCAAAAGGAGUUCACACAACUAUCCCAAGGGUCCUCCCCCGACUCCCUUUACGCAGUAGGAGAGUUAUUUCCAUCAAGCAAAGAGGCACUAACUCGUAGCACUUCCCUGGAAAGCUGUCUUAUUCCAUAUAAGAGUUCAGAGGAUGCUGGCAGCAAGGAAAGUCUAAGAGACAUUGGAUUGGCAGUGGAGCCCACAGGCGAGCUAAGCAGAAGAACUCUGGAGCUGCUCAAACGCCUUGAGAAAAUCCAAAGCCCUCUUGCCCUGAAGAUGACACGUAGCAUUUCUGACGUAACGCUCCAGAGCAGCUCACUGUGGCGUGGGUCACGCUCGGCUGGCGCUCCCUCAUCCAUUAACGAGAGCUCUGCAGCCUCUCUGACAGAGCUGAGCAGCACUGAAGACUCAUCGGUGGCAUCUGAAGACCUGGCUGUACAAAUGAACCGCUGCAUGGAAUCCAAUGCAUCAUUCCAAAAGCAGUGCCGCAGCCAGCAACAAACCGACGAGGCUGAUGCUAGCAUCAGUAUGGUUGUCAAUGUAUCCUGCACCUCAGCCUGUACGGAUGAUGAAGAAGACAGCGAUCUUCUUUCGAGCUCUACUCUGACUCUCACCGAAGAAGAGCUUGGUAUUAAAGAUGAUGGCUCUAGCAUAACUUCAGAGGAAGAGUACAUUGAAGGUUCCUUCAAUCUUGGGAUCGACUACACGAAGGGUGAAUUUCAGAGUUGGAUGAAGCCCAGAUCUCAGUGUAGAGAGAAAAAUGAGGCAGAUCUCGUGGAUGAAUUGCAGUGUGGCACCAUGUCGAGAGAAAUCCUGUCACCCGUUAAGACUGCAGAUGAUCGGCACUUUCUUAGCCGUCCUGCCUUGAAGCUCUUGGAAGUGAACACUAAUGCUAAAAAUGAGAGCCUUAAGCAACAAGAGGUGGACAGCAAACUUCGGGACACCACCAGGAGCUAUAUCAGUCGCUUUGUUGAUGAUAUGGAGAACGGUAAUGUCGAGAGCUCUCCAAUCAAAGGAAAGGAUGAAGAUGACGAGCUGCUCAGGGAAGAGGGAAGUCUGCUUAUUAGGAAGGGGGAGUCAUUUAAAGGCUGUUACAUGAUGGAUGCUGUAAAUGGUGUCAAAAGUGAUUUGCUUACCGCCACCUCUCCGUCCUCAUGUGAACAGCUGAGCUUAAACUCCAAAGAGUCAUCACUGGAGGGACAACUGAAAGGCGAGCUUCCCUGUCACAAUUCUCACCAUCCUUCCCCCUCUGUCUCGCCGGUGGAGGAGUGCUUGGGGUUAGCCGCACAUGCUCACAGCCGAGAAAAGCAACUCGCUGCCUUUCUGAAUGACGUCCAUGAGAACCAUCAAGAAAGCUCUUCAGAUACCUGCAGCCACCAUGUUUUCAUCUCUGAAGAGGUCAAGAGCGAGAAUGUUCAUGAUUUUGUCAUGGAGAUCAUUGAUAUGGCAUCUGUCGCCCUGAAAACCAAAGAGGCACAGGCAGACCAGCCUACGGAGGUUUCUAACCCAACAUCUGUUUCUCAGAUCAGAGAAAAGGUCCUUGAGCACUCCCAUCGGCUUAUCAAUCUUCGCAAGGGAGACUUCUACUCCUAUCUGUCGCUAUCCUCGCACGACAGUGACUGUGGAGAGGUCAGCACCUGCACGGAGGACAAGAGCAGCACCCCGAUCCUGUUCAGUACGCCAGAUAUCCGUGACGAAGAGCCGCUCUUUGAGGCCUGCACAGAGGAAGUGUACCUAGGCCCUCCUCUCCUUUACAGCAUGUCCGUUAGCAAACGGCCUACGAGACAUGGCACCCUCUGUCUCCCAAGCCCAGCACCUCCAUCCUCCUGUGAUGAAUACCAAAAAGCACAUGGUAUUUCUCAAGCAAGUGUAGCGGGUAGCCAGUCAGAGUGCCAUAAUGAGGCGCCUUAUCUUAAUCCUUUACCAUGUGAAACCCUCUUAGAUACUGUUGAAUGUUUUGCAGACACUAAAAUGCUUGAAUCCAAUAUUUCCCCUGUAAUGACUAAGAUUAGAGUCUCUUGCUCCCCUACAAAUCCUUUAAAGGAGGAAGGGACCCUUUAUAUUAAUCCCAAAAUUAACUGUACGCUGAUAAGAAAGACUGAUAACGAUGAAAGGGCCCCUGCUUCACAGUUGAUGAGACACAAGAAUGCCGGAAAAGGGCGCAGCUCUCUUCAGGAAGCCAAGUCGACUCGUAAACAGUUGGCAAGGUCAGAGAACAGCAGUGGUGUUGUGGAGGGCCGCAGGGCUCAGAUCAGUGGUCCGCAGACAGAUAGCUCAUCUGCAGGAAGGAGUAGAGUCAGCAGCAGGCCUCAGGUCAAGAGAUUCUCUGGAAGUCUAUCCACGCCUAACUGAUCUAGUUAAAGCCAUCUGAAGGCUUGCACACCAUCUCUGCAUGGUGACUUUUGGGUCUGGAAUCUAUACCCACUUGGAUGUUAGUGCAUGGGCCGCUAGUCUGGCACUUUAGAGACCUCAGUUCUUCAUCCUCAGCACCCUCAUCCUCUUCCUCCUGGCUGCUUUAAUAUCUCUACCCUCUGGUGACGUUAUUGUGACCCACCACUCCCAAGCUCCACCCUGGACUGAGCUGUUUCACCAGUCUUCCACCAUCCUUAUCCAGUUUGACACUUAAAUUCACAGAUAUACACAUAAAACCUCUUGUUAUAUCCAUCAUUACCUGAUAAUACUCUUUCUGGUCAACCAGCUGCCGCUAUCAAGUUGUUUGUAACCCUUAGGGUCAAAGCUGAGGUGCGUUACUUGAGGGUCGCUUCAACCAAGUUAUAGAUUUAAGAAAUAAUAAUCAGUAAUGUGGCUCUAAUCAGUCUUGAUUGGGACGUGAGGUCAUGAUCGUCACAUUUUCAGAGAAAAAACUGGCUUCACGUUCCUCUGAGAAAUGACUGAUGUAGCGCUACAAUUUCUAUGCAACACAACGGUUGUAUGAUGUUGUGUGGCAUGUGAUUUUUUUUGGCAGUUUGAUGCGAUAUUUAUUUAUUUUUUUUACUCCCUGAGAAGAAAGCAAUGUAUAAACAUUAAAUUUUGUGCCUUGCAGUUAUCACAUUUAGUUAAAAACACUGCUUUUCUUUGUUGUGUGUUCAGUCAGUGGUGAGAAAGCAGAUGUGCGGACAAAGGCUGAUAUUGAUGAAUGGGCAUCUGUAAAUAUGUAAACUCUAUGUUCAAACCCUGGUGUAUAAUGAUGUCAUAAUUACUUCAUGUUCGUGUAUGACUGUUUGUGUUAUGUGAUGUGGAUAAAUAGACAACUGUUAGACUGCAUGGUAAACUAUGUACAAGAAAACUUCCAUAAAUAAACCUAAUUUAAUGAA